AUCUCUCAUGCAAUAUAUAGUACAGCAAAAUCUCAGAAAAUUUUACAGCAAAAAUGGCUCUUUUUACUAAGCUUCAUCUCCUUCUUCUUCUUCUUCUUCUUGUUCUACCAAACGCAGCCAUUUCUCAAACCAACAACAACAUCACAGUCGGGACAACACUCUCUGCAACAGACAACUCAUCGCCGUGGACUUCUUCCUCCGGCGACUUCGCUUUCGGCUUUCGAAAACUAGAAAACCAAAACGACCUCUUCUUACUCUCCAUAUGGUACGCAAACAUACCAGACAAAACCAUAGUCUGGUACACCAACACAGAUUCGCCGGCGGCGCCGAGAGGGUCGCGGGUCAGCCUGACCGCUGACCGGGGGCUGCUGCUGGCUGAUCCUCAAGGCCAAGAGCUAUGGAGUUCGGAGAUAAUAGGCGGAGACGCCUCACACGCCGUCAUGGGCGACGAUGGCAACAUGGUGAUCUUUGAAGAGAAUGGUUCUGGGAAGCUGUGGGAAAGCUUUGAUCACCCGAGUGAUACGCUGUUGCCUGGUCAGAGUAUGAGCCGUGGAGAAGGGCUUUCGUCUCGUCAAAGAGAGACUGAGUUUUCGAAAGGAAGAUUCCAGUUGAGGCUGCAGCAAGAUGGGAAUCUGGUGAUGAAUUCCAUUAACUUGCCGACUGAGAAUGCGAAUAGUCCGUACUAUGCAAGUGACACCGACGAGGGGACUAACUCGUCCACUGCCGGAACUCGGUUGGUGUUCAAUGAGACAGGGAUUCUAUAUCUUUUGAGAGAAAAUAACGAAAGAUUAAGUCUAGACCAGAACACGGUCUCGUCAAGGGACAACUAUAUAAGAGCUACUCUGAACUUUGAUGGUGUUUUCACUCAAUAUUAUCAUCCCAAGAGCUCCAAUGGGAAAUGGACUGUUCUUUGGUCCAAACCAGAUGAUAUAUGUCAAAACUCUCUGGUCUCAGCCGGUAUUGGUGUUUGUGGACACAACAGUAUUUGUAUGCUCAACGCAGAUUCAAGACCAACUUGUCAAUGCCCCAAAAAAUUCUCUUUUAUUGAUCCUAAUGACACGUAUGGAAGCUGCAAACCAGAUUUCAUACAAGGCUGCGCUGAAGACGAGCUUACUCCCAACAAAGAAGAACUCUAUGAAGUUGAGGAGCUGACCAAUGCAGAUUGGCCCUUAUCAGAUUAUGUCGAACUAAAGCCUUACAAUGGAGACGCGUGCAAAGAGUCUUGCUUGAAAGAUUGUUUGUGUGCUGUUGCUAUCUUCAGAGAUGGAACAUGUUGGAAGAAGAAGCUGCCUCUCUCAAAUGGCAGAUUUGACAGCGGUCUUAACUCGAGGGCGUUUAUCAAAGUUCGUAAAGACAAUGUCACCUUACCUAGGGUCCCUUAUGCAGAAGAGAAGAGGAAAAACCAAGACACUUUGAACAGAGUUGGUGCAGCUCUUUUGGGUACUUCUGUUUUUGUUAAUAUUUUAUUGGCAGCCACAGUUUGUAUAGGAUUCUUCUUCAUAAACCAAAAGAAGGGUAGUAAGAAAAAGGUUUCAUCACCCAAAAACAUACCUAACUUGAAUUUGCGUAGCUUUGCUUAUGAAGAGCUUGUGGAAGCCACAGAUGAGUUUAAAGAAGAGUUGGGAAGAGGAGCUUUUGGAACUGUUUAUAAAGGAGCACUGGAUGUGGAUUCAAGUGUCAUUGAAAUAGCAGUGAAGAAGCUAAAUUUUGUGGUACAAGAGACUGAGAAAGAGUUCAAAAAUGAAGUCAGUGUAAUAGCUCAAACACAUCACAAAAACCUGGUUCGGUUACUUGGUUACUGUGAUGAUGGACAGAACCGUUUGCUGGUGUAUGAGUACCUUCAAAAUGGGACUCUGGCAAAAUUUGUGUUUGGAGACUCAAAACCCAGCUGGAAGCAAAGAGCUAGAAUUGCUUUAGACAUAGCGAAAGGACUACUGUAUUUGCAUGAGGAGUGCACCAGUCAGAUCAUCCAUUGUGAUAUAAAGCCUCAGAACAUACUUCUUGAUGAUUACAACAGUGCCAAGAUAUCGGAUUUUGGUUUGGCCAAGCUUUUGAUGAUGAAUCAAAGCCAGACAAAUACAGCCAUUAGAGGAACAAAAGGUUAUGUUGCGCCAGAAUGGUUUAGGAGCAUGCCCAUUACUUCCAAGGUGGAUGUGUAUAGCUUUGGAGUGGUACUACUUGAGAUUGUUUGUUGUAGAAGAAAUGUAGAAAUGGAGAUUGGUGAGGAAGGGAAAGAGAUCUUGACAGAUUGGGCUUAUGAAUGCUUCGCAGAAGGGUCAUUAGGUGUGCUUGUUGAUAAUGAUGCUGAAGCUUUAGAUGAUAAGAAGAAGUUGGAGACUUACGUGAUGGUGUCUAUGUGGUGUAUUCAAGAGAAUCCAUCUCUUAGACCUAACAUGAGGAAGGUUGUUCAAAUGCUUGAAGGAGUUGUUGAAGUAGAUGCUCCACCUUCUCCAUUGCCCUAUUCCGUUACCAUUAACAUCUAACUCUUUUUGAGUCUUUGUUAAGUUGUACUGUAAUAGUCUCUUGAACAAUUAACUAUGUCUAUGUAUCUUUCAAUAUUGAAUGUAGAUUAGAUACAAUAUUGUCAUAA